GCAGAGUGUGUGUGUGUGUGUGCGUGUGUGUGUGUGUGUGUGUGUAUAUAACGGAGAGAAAGAGGAAAUGAGUGUUUCCGUCUCUCUGCUUCACUCACAGCAGCUCUCAGAGGUCAGAGGUCAGAGUGCUGCAGGAUGAGGGACCGACUGACUGAGUUGCAGACCUUCAAACCUGCCGAGCAGGAGCACCGCCUGCAGGGCGAGGAGGAGGAGGAUGAAGACCUGGCCGUGGUGUUCGAGGGCGAGGAGGUGAUGGACAGCGUCUACAAGGAGGCGCAGGCGCUGAGGAAGGAGAUGCAGCUGCUGAAGCUGGACGUGAAGCGGCUGGGGAAGCAGAACAGCCGCUUCCUCACCUCCGUCCGCCGGAUCAGCAGCAUCAAGCGGGACUCCAACGCCCUGGGGAGGGACAUCAAGAGCCGGGGGGAGGCGCUGUACGCCCGGCUGCAGAAGCUGGGGAGGCAAAGCAAAGACCUGGAGGAGGAGCACGGCCCGGCAUCCGCCGUGGCCCGCAUGGCGCGGUCGCAGUGCGUCUCUCUGAACACCGCCUUCCACCAAGCCAUCUCCGAGUACAACGAGGCGGAGAUGGUCCAGCGGGAGAACUGCAAGACGCGCAUCCAGCGGCAGGCGGAGAUCAUGGGGAGAGAGGUGAGCCGGGAGCAGAUCGAUGACAUGAUGGAGACCGGGAAGUGGAACGUGUUCUCCGACAACCUGCUGCUGGAGGGCCGCUCGGCCCGCUCGGCGCUCAACGAGAUAGAGAGCCGGCACCGGGAGCUGCUGGAGCUGGAGGCGCGGAUCCGGGACAUCCACGAGCUGUUCGCCCAGAUGGCCCUGCUGGUGGAGGAGCAGGGCUGCAUGCUGGACAACAUCCAGGCCAACGUGGGGGCCACGCAGGACUACGUGGCCAAGGCCACUGGGCAGAUCAAGAAGGCCGUGCAGUACCAGAGGAAACACCCCUGCAGGAUGCUGCUGUGCUGCUGCUGCCCCUGCUGCAACUGACCCCCCCCCCCCACACCCCCCCAGGGUCUUUAGGUUAUUUAUUCGAAAGGAUUCACACCACAUGCUCUUCAUCUGAAAAAUCCUGCCUGUUUCCAUUGCCUUCUCCCCACACUUUACAUCGCAGGAACAACAUCCACAUUCUAGAAAUCUUACCCAUCAUUAAUCUAUAUUCUGGAGCACUGGGAUGGAACCGGUGCUCCCAUGAUCCCCCACUGAGCCCCCGCCGCCCACGGCUGCAAAAAGGUAAAGACUUCCAUACUAACAUUCUGAAUUAUGGGUUAUAUAGGCCUCCCAGCCCCCAGCCUCCCAGCCUCCAGCCCCCAAGCCUCGCAGUGCUCAGCAAAUUACACAAUAGAUUCAUUACAAUAGACACGCUCAGAUUACCCAGCAUGCAACGUGUUUCCCUUUUAAAACAAAACAUUUUCAAUGCAGAUAACGUGCUUUGAAGAUGUUUAAAUCAAAUGAGCCUUAAAAACAACAACAGCAGCAGCAGCAGCAGCAGCAGCAGCAGCAAGCUGAGAGAGCUCCUGUUCCUCUCCUGUACUUCUAUAGAUGUUAGUGCAUGUAAACGGUCUACAGAGGCUAACAUCCCAAAGUUCUGGGACAUAGAACUGAUUGCUCCUAUUGGCUGGCGCUCCAACACAUUGUAAGUGACAGGCUAAGGGGGCGGGACAUCUUUAAGCGGGUUGACCAAUCAUAACAGAGCCACCCCCCCCCCCCACCCUGCAGACUAAAUGAGGCUAAUGGCGGCCCCCCC